AAUUAGGAUUAUAGAUUUUGAUGGUAAUCCCUUGUGAGUAUUUCGGAGUGAAUCACCCUUCAGGUGAGCAAACAGGCCCGGCCUCUUGAAAGGCAGAAUGAGGAUUUGAGCUUUUAGUUUGAAAUAAUUUAAUAUUUUAAACAAAAAGUAGUAAAAAAAAAAAAAAAAAAAAAAAAAAACUAAAAUGUCUUAAAAGAGUUUUGGACAAACAAGCAGCUUCAGGUUGGAGGAUGUCCGUGCGUCAUGACGCACAGGGUUUAUUGGUUUGGGGCUGUUCUGGUUCGGUUUUGUUGUUGGUGGGAUCAUGGUUUCAGGUGAAGGAGGACCCACAUUCCCACCUGAGCCUCAUCUUUCACGCAGACUUACUCACAGGUGCGUGCGCAGUGACUCGCACGCCUUGACAUCUCGGAGGAUGACAUGCGCUUGGCAGCCGUUAGUGGUUCUCUCCACGCCCUGUGACACCUGUGUGUUGAUGCGUCCACGGCCGCUCCCUCUCCUCACGCAGGAGCCUAUAAAGUCCAUCCUCCCGUGAAGCCUCAGCAUCUCCACUUUUCGGAAGACUCCCACAAGCAGAAGCCACCAUGAGCUCCGUGCGCCUCUCUGGACUAUCCUCCAGCAUGUCCCGCCGCGCCGUCAGCAUCCACGGCAGCGCGCCCACCCGGAUGUCGUACGCCUCCAACGGCUUGCGCUCCGGCUUUGACCUGGGGGACGCGCUCGGUGGCGCCGGUGGUGCCGGUGCCGGCUUCUCCGUGUCCACCAACGAGAAGGCGACCAUGCAGAACCUCAACGACCGGCUGGCAUCUUACCUGAGCAAGGUGCGCGAGCUGGAGACGAAGAACGCCAAGCUGGAGCAGCAGAUCCGGGAGUGGUACGACAAGCAGACCCCCACCGUGAGGGACUACAGCGCCCACCAGGUCACCAUCAACGACCUGCGCUCUAAGAUCUGCUCUGCCGUUCAGACCAACGCCGUUCUGAUGCUGCAGAUUGACAACGCCAAGCUGGCAGCAGAAGACUUCAAACUGAAGUACGAGAACGAGCUGGCUCUAUGCCAGUCCGUGGAGGUGGACAUCGUUGGGUUACGCAAGGUCCUGGAUGAGCUGACCAUGACGCGGUCUGACCUGGAGAUGCAGGUGGAGGGCCUGAAGGAGGAGCUUGUCUACCUGAGGAAGAACCACGAGGAGGAGAUGGCGGCGAUGCGAAGCGUCAUAACCGCCAGCUCUGUGAACGUAGAGGUGGACGCCAAGCCUCAGCAAGACCUGAACCAUGUUCUGGAGGAAGUCCGAUCUCAGUACGAGGGCAUUGUCAGCAAGAACCGCAAAGAGGUCGAGGCCUGGUACAAGGUCAAGUUUGAAGAACUCAACAAGAGGACGAGCGCAGAGGCAGACCAGCUAAAUACCUCACGGAGUGAGAUUAAUGAGUUGAAGAGGGUCUUGCAGGACUUGGAAAUCCAGCUCCAGUCUGAGUUGUCCCGGAAAAAUGCUGUGGAGAUGCAGCUGUCGGAGGUGGAAGUCCGGUAUAGCGACCAGCUGCGUCAGCUGCAGUGCAGGGUGGACUCAUUGCAGGAGGAACUCAACCGGCUGAGGACCGAGACCACUCAACAGUCCAUGGAAUUCCAGAGGCUGCUGGACAUCAAGACCAGGCUGGAGAUGGAGAUUGCAGAGUACAGGCGACUUCUGGGUGGAUAUGAAGAGCAGACGGUCACGGUAAAAGAAGUCAAAACGGUUAAAAAGGAGGAGGAAAAACACAAGCCGGUCGUGAGUCAGAGGACAGUGGUUGUGAUUGAAGAGCUGGUGGAUGGAAAGGUGGUUUCUACCAAGGAAAUAAUUCAACCAUAACAGACUUGGUGAUCCAGUAGAAGAACCCUCCCCCCCCCUCAUCAGGAGGUCAUCAAAUUAUUCUAAAUGUCUGGAUUUUCUCAUUGGGAACACUUCCUUGGUUCCAAUCCUAUCUGUAUUAUCAUUGGAGGAUUCUGACAAAACCAUUAAAUAUUUAUCUGUGUUUUAGAACAGGAAGUACGGUUGGAAAGUCUCACUGCAGUACCACAUAUGUCCUGUAGAUGUCACUGUUAAACCCUAAAAAAGAACGUCAGAAAACAAGUCUGAGAUUUAAAACAAAAAGGUGUUCUUUGGUUGCUCUUUUGUAUGUUUGUAAUAUUUGUAUAAUUUUAUUGAUAUUUUUCUAAUGAGAAAUAUUCUGUAAAAUGAACAAUUAUAAACAAGGUUUCACAAAAGGUUUCAAAAUUACAAAUAAAAGCAAUUUAAAGGCC